CCGCUUCCGCUGUCCAGGCGCUUCCGGUGCCGCCCUUCCGGCGUGGUGAUUUCCGCUCCCACGCUGCCCCGCGCCGAAUCAUGGACCACAAUGAUCAUUGAUAAAAAUGUCAAAUAGCAUAGGACCACGAGCUGAUCUUUAUGGGAGAGAAAUACAUUUUCUCAAAGACAAUGAUUUGCAAGGCACUAAUAGUUCUGGAUCGUUGGGUGGUCUUGAUGUUCGCAGACGAAUCCCUAUAAAACUCAUCUCCAAACAACCCAACAAAACCAAACCUGCACCACGUACUACAAGAAAUAUGAACAGGAUGCCUUCAAAGGCACAGGCUGGUGAUGACGGAUUCCCCCCAGAAAAAGAAGAGUGGUAUGAGUGCAAAGGAACUGACAUGUUCGGGAAUCAAAGAAGAUUCCCUGGACACAUCUUUUGGGACUUUAAGAUAAACUUGCUGGGAGAAAAGGAUGAUACCCCAGUCCAUUUCUGUGACAAGUGUGGAUUGCCUAUCAAAUUGUAUGGGCGCAUGAUACCUUGCAAGCAUGUGUUCUGCUAUGACUGUGCUAUAUUACAUGAGAAGAAGGGUGACAAGAUGUGUCCAGGCUGUAACGAUCCUGUGCAGCGAAUUGAGCAAUGUGUGCGAGGGUCUCUCUUCAUGUGUAGUAUUGUUCAAGGGUGCAAGAGAACAUAUUUGUCUCAGAGAGACUUACAGGCUCACAUCAACCAUCGACAUAUGAGAGCUGGAAAACCUGUUACUCGUCCUCCACUUGAACCGUUCAUCCUGCCACCUGAUAAGCAUCAUAUGAGCCAUAUUCCACCAAAGCAGCACCUCAUGAUGCCUCCACCACCUUUACAGCAUGUGCAACACGAGCAUUAUAAUCAACCACAUGAAGACAUUCGUGCACCCCCAGCAGAGAUGUCAAUGGCUCCACCACCACCUCGCCCGGUCAGUCAGGAUACGUUUCGUAUUUCCACAAGAAAACACAGCAAUUUAAUAACUGUCCCUAUUCAGGAUGAUUCAAAUUCAGGUGCUCGAGAACCACCUCCACCAGCCCCAGCACCUGCUCAUCAUCAUCCUGAAUAUCAGGGUCAACCAGUGGUAACCCAUCCUCAUCAUAUUAUGCCUCCACAGCAACAUUAUGCACCACCCCCGCCACCACCACCUCCAAUAAGCCAUCCAAUGCAACAUCCUCCCCAGGCAGCAGGUACUCCUCAUAUGGUUUAUAGCCAAGCUCCACCACCACCGAUGACCUCUGCUCCACCACCAAUAACCCCUCCCCCUGGACACAUAAUUGCCCAAAUGCCACCAUAUAUGAAUCAUCCUCCUCCAGGACCUCCCCCGCCUCAACAUGGUGGCCCACCUGUAAAUGUAAACGCACCCCCUCCCCAUCACUAUAAUCCUAACUCUUUGCCGCAGUUCAGUGAAGAUCAAGGAACUCUCAGCCCUCCUUUUACACAGCCUGGGGGAAUGAGUCCGGGGAUAUGGCCAGCUCCAAGAGGGCCUCCUCCACCCCCAAGAAUGCAAGGUCCACCUUCUCAAGCCCCACUUCCUGGACCACACCACCCUGAUCAAACCAGAUAUAGACCAUAUUAUCAAUGAUAUUAACAGUAAUUUGAACUGAGUAUAUUGAGAAGGAAAAACUAUAUACAGCAGCCUUUUAAUGAAUCUGUUUUGGGGUCUUUUUUGUUUUUUCUUUCAAAGAAAUACAGUUGUUGUAACUAACACACUCUGGGGACUUGAAACUUAAAUGAUUUUUUUUAUACCUUGACCGUAGGACUCUGACUUGAAAUAUACUGUAGUGCUAAGAUAAGUGGCUCAGUAGACAACAGCUACAUUUUUAACAGACUUUGUGUCCCUAGUGAGGUUAAACUCUGACAGAUGGUCAUUUGUAAUAUUAUUUCCUGAAAAAUUGAACAUCCAUUGUAUCACUAUUGUUUUUGUUAAAUUCAAUGUUUAGUUUUACUUGUGAUACUUUUUUUGUUAACCUGUGUACAAUAAUUAAAUUUAAAUAUGGUUGUAAAAAUGCUGGGGUUUUAUGUGAAUUUGAGCGCAGACACACUUUCUGGAAAAAAAAAAUUCAUGUUUUGACAUGAGUACUUUCCUAUCUGGCAUCCUAAUAGCAUGUUCAGUGUAAGAGACAUUCAUACCUUAUCAGUAUCCUUGUUUGUGGUUAAGUCUGAUGGGACAAGUGUAAAGAUCUAUAAAUCUGAAGUGUAGUAUCAUGGUUUUUUUAAAUUUUGAGGCAACUUUGGAAUCAGAGUGAAUGAUAUGAGGAAAAACACAGUUUUGAUGAUCACAUGAAGUCAUAUCUUAACAUUUUAACAUCUUAUUUUCUUAGCUCACUAUUUGUUUGGAAAAUUCGGAUUAACGUUAGAUCUCAUACACUCCCCACUGCUGUUGAAUUCGUGUCUUGUACAUUUACUCAGUGGGUCCUUUCACAUUACAGGUGCUAUUUACCAACUUACCACAUUCAUAAUAUGGAGGAACAUAAUUUUUGGGGACAUAGUGUUUACUUUCCCUAUAGAAAUGGUAAUGUUGAGUAGAAAAGCAUUCUCCGUUAAUAACUUGGAGGUAGGGAAUCUGACAUCACUUACGGAGAUUAAAAAUACAUACGUAUAAAUCAUGUCAAAUUUAGGUGGUAGAUUUGAAGAAGCAGCUGACCAUUUACAGGACAUAAUAUGUUUUAACCUGGCCUAAAAUAGACUUGACAGAUGCUGUCAGAUCUCGGUAGGCCCCAAAUUUAGGCUUUGUAAAACUUUUUAUUUAAUCCUUUGAAAAAAUGUGAGAAAUAGGAUAUUUAACGGUAGUUGUGUUAGCACAGGAGAGCUGGAAAACGAAGUUGUUUGCACUGCUUUCAUUGUACAAGCAGGAUGCUUACUUUUUACAUUACAGCCAAUACUAGUAUUGGAAAAAUAAACAUUUAAAAAAAAACUUUACAAAAUUAAGUGGGUAUAGAGGUAACAAUAUAUUUUUGACCUUUGUGUCUGGUUUCACAUCAUGCUUCUAAAACAAUGUAGUUCCAUCUACUUAUGGAAUUUUUUCAAAGGCUUAAUUUAUUUACUUCCAUAAGUUCUCUUUUUGCCUUUCACAUAGUAUGAGUUAGUGUUGAGCCUAAAAGAACACCUGUUGGCUGAACAUUCCAAACUUUAUAAUUUUAAACAUUAAAUGAGUAUUAUAUAAUACAA